GUUUCGAUUUUGACUGGAGUAGCAGCUGACUGGCGUGGUCGCCUUCAACAACAGUUUUCACACAAGUGCGCAAGUCAGCGCUACUGUACCCAAUCAUCCUUUUAGGACAGCAAGAUUUAGUUGUUUUGAUUUUCAGGUGCGGUCGGUUCCUCGUUUUAUCGUGCCUGGUGUUAUGGAAAGCUGACAUUUGGGGGCGUGUAACUGCAGGCUAAUUUUUCACAUCGAGUUGUUUACGUGUAGCUAGUUAGCCAGUUAGCAAAUCUAACAUCCGACCUGAUAGCUCGUGUAAGGAUGAAAUGGAUAGCUUUGUUGUUUCCUGUGGAUUAAUACGUUCGUUUGACAGGUUCCACAAUUCACCUCGUCAGAUGUGGUCGGUUCAAGCAAGUUAGAAACACAAACAGACGCAAGAUGGAGAAACCCCCAUUCAGACAGAAUCAGGUCUGUGGGUCAUGGCUUAUGAAGGAGAGGCUGGGGACCGGAGGAUUUGGCCAUGUUUACCUGUAUCAGAAUCAGGAAUCUUCAGAAAAAAUUGCCGUGAAGCUCUGUCGCCUUGAACUUAAUGCAAAAAACAAAGACAGAUGGAGUCGGGAGAUCCAGAUUAUGAAAAAGCUGAAGCACCUUAAUGUGGUGACAGCAAAGGAUGUGCCUGAUGAGAUGAUGCACAUUGCCUUGAAUGAUUUACCACUUUUAGCCAUGGAAUACUGUUCCAAGGGAGACCUUCGAAAGUUACUGAGCAAACCAGAAAAUUGCUGUGGAUUAAAAGAGAGUGAAGUGUUAGCACUACUCAAUGAUGUUGGUUCUGGAAUCCAGUACCUCCAUGAAAAUAAGAUCAUUCACAGAGAUCUCAAGCCAGAGAAUAUUGUUCUACAAGAUAUCAAUGGAAAGCUCGUCCACAAGAUAAUCGACCUUGGCUACGCCAAAGACCUGGACCAGGGGAGCCUAUGCACUUCAUUUGUGGGGACUUUACAAUAUCUGGCUCCAGAGCUGUUUGAAGGCAAGUCAUACACAGUCACUGUGGACUAUUGGAGCUUUGGCACCAUGAUCUUUGAGUGUUGCUGUGGAUUUCGUCCAUUUCUUCACAAUCUCCAGCCUGUGCAAUGGACAAGCAAAGUACGAAACAAAGGUCCUAAGGACAUAAUGGCUGUGGAAGAUAUGAAUGGCGAGGUCCGCUUUUCCACCCACCUUCCGUACCCCAACAAUCUGAGCAGGACACUACUGGAUCCCUUGGAGGGGCUGCUACAGCUGAUGCUUAAGUGGGACCCAGUACAGAGGGGAGGAGGAUUGAAUCCAGACACAAAACAGCCCCAGUGCUUUGCUAUUCUAGAACAAAUACUGAACAUGAAGGUUGUGCAUGUCUUAAACAUGACUACGACCCAGGUUCACUCCUUUCUGCUUAGCCCGGAUGAAGGGCUCCAUCCUCUGCAACAGAGGAUUGAAGCCGAGACCAAAAUCGAACUUUUGAAUCAAGAGCUUUUGCAGGAAACAGGAGUCACAUUAGAUCCCAGGAAACCUGCUGCACAGUGUGUGUUAGAUGGAGUAAGAGGAUGGGACAGCUACAUUGUAUAUCUGUUUGACAAGAGCUUGACCAAGUACUCGGGACCUCUAACGGCUAGAACACUCCCUGAGAGUGUGAACUUUAUCGUGCGAGAAACCAAAACUCAGCUCCCUCUGAGUACCCUUAAGAAGGUUUGGGGUGAGGCAGUUAGUUACAUUUGUGGCCUCCGAGAGGACUACAGCCGCCUCUUCCAGGGCCAACGUGCAGCAAUGUUGAGCCUUCUUCGCUACAACACCAACCUUACAAAAUUCAAAAACAUGAUGUUUUCAUUUUCCCAGCAGCUGAAAGCAAAGCUUGACUUUUUUAAAAGCAGCAUACAGUAUGACUUGGAGAAAUAUAGUGACCAGAUGCAGUACGGCAUAUCUUCUGAAAAGAUGCUGAAGGCUUGGCAAGAAAAUGAAGAGAAGGCUGCUGCAUAUGUACAGGUGGCAGAGAUUGGACAUCUAGAUGAGGAAAUAAUGGCUCUGCACUCAGAAAUUGUUGAGCUUCAGAGAAGUCCUUAUGCUCGUCGUCAAGGAGAUGUCAUGGAGCAACUGCAAGAGAGAGCAAUUGAACUCUACAGACAAUUGAAGGCAAAAUGCAAAAUGCCAGACCCUCAGCAUGGCUACAGUGACAGCUCUGAAAUGGUGAAGGUCAUUGUACAGACUGUCCAGAAUCAGGACCGGGUACUAAGGGAUCUAUAUGCACAUCUCAGUAAAAUCCUUCUGAGUAAGCAGAAGAUCAUCGACCUCUUCCCUAAAAUUGAGAGGAAGCUGGAUUGCAUCAAGGAGGCAGACAGCACUGUCAUGCAGAUGCAGAUCAAGAGACAGAGAGAGUUCUGGCACUUACUGAAGAUUGCCUGUGCACAAAACACCACACGAAGCUCUGUGAGUCAGAGUGUAGAGAUGCCCUCCUCACUGUCGACAUGGAACCAGACUCAAGCCCAGUGCUCCUCUCGCCUACCCAUGUCCCUGCAAGUACCACACGAGGGUGAUUCAGUCAAUCAUUUACUCGAGGAGAACCAGCGCUAUUUGAGUCAGCUGACCAGUUUACUGCAAGAAACCACUGAGGAGAAAUCAGAGAGCAUAAUGGCUCAAGACUGGAGCUGGACUAAAUAUGAAUCCCUGGUUGCUAAAUCGCAGCGGUUGUAGAGUCAUGGUUUACGCUGUGACAGGAAGUAAUUGUAACAGUCAUUCUUUUA